GGAGCCAACGUAACUGACAAAAUCAUGAAUUAGCCGUUGUGACGAGUGACGGCUUUUAUCAUUUUCUUCUCUCACCACUCUUUUUAUUUCUUCUUCUCUUCUCCCCCAAAAAGCAAAAAAACCCUAAGAAACUUUGGUUUUACCAAAAAUGGCGGCGGAUUUUGGGUAUUUUUCUGAUACAGACGAUUCAGCAGUAGAGGAACUGGUUUCUCAAGCGAAGGAGCUUUCGGCUUUGGAGCAAAUAGCUGCGAUCAAUUGUUCUGGAUUCACCGAUUCUACUCUUCCCGAUGAUCUCGAAUCUCGUUUCCGUCGCCUCAAGUCUCUUCCAGCUCCUCCACGAACCGAACCGGUUUCCUCUUCUUCGUCGAAGAACACGAAGAAGCAUCUUACGCCGUCCAAGAGCGUGGCGAGUCAUCCGAAAGAGGAUGUGAAUUUCUCAGGAAAUCGACGAAAUCAAGGUAAAAAUCCUGGUUUCGUGAGUUUAUCUGAUGAAGAUUCGAGUAAAAUCACGAGAAAGAAACGAGAUCUGGACUUGAAAUCGAGUUCGCGAGCUGAGCUUGUCUCUAAUGGAAGUGGAGAUUUCUCAGAUUCUGGAAACAUCAGUGAGACUAAGCUUUUCUCGCCAGCUAAACAAACCAAAAAAGAGAAACGCAGAGUCGUAUCAUCAUCAUCAUCUUCGGAUGAUUUAGCUACACCACCAUCAACAGAUUCAGAACCAGAGAAGAAAUCGAAAUCCAAAUCCAAGUCCUCAUCAUGGUUCGAUAAGUUAUCUCCGUCGAAGAUCAUCGGAUCAAUUUGGCGUUCUUCACCGAAGAAAUCACCAACCAACAACAAGAUUCUCAAAAGUUGUAAAUCGUUUAACACUGCUGCUGCUUACUCUUCUGGUCGAGAGAGGAACCUCGAUUUCGACGAGUUUUUAUCUGAUUUGAAUGCGUUCCCAGUCGAAGAUCAGAGAAAAAUGUUGAAGAAAGCUCUCAAAGAGCAGCAGAAGAUGAGGAAAGAAGCAGCUGCUAUCAUCAAAAUGGCCAAACAGGCUUCAGCUAAAUUCGAUUUUGAUGAUUGAUAGAGAAAAUUGGGUAAAAUGUCCAAUUUCGGUUUUUGCUGGUUUAUUUGUUUUUGGUUAAUUUAGUUUCCCGGUUUGAAGAUUGUAACCAGAAGUAUAAAUAAAUUUAUAAUUUAGUUAUCCCCUUUAUAAUAAAACGGAAGUACACAACA